UUGGACAAAGACGUGGAAUUUUUCUUGUUUUGGGGGCUUUUUCUCAUCAAAGAAGAGAAAAAAACCUGGACGUAAGAUGCCGUUCAUGCAAAGGUGUUGCUGUUGCGACGUCAGGACUGGGUCCAUAGUGGUGGCAAUAUGGACAAUGAUAUCAGCGGCCGCAUCCAUUGAUCAGAGUGUGAGGAUGUGGGUUCAACUCCCCCACGAUGCUCAAAUUGACGACAGCAACUUCGUAGCUUACUACGCUGCCAUGACGAUUGUGAAUUCGUUGUUGGGGCUGUCUGCUCUGGCCCUUUUGUUUGGAGUGAUUAAGUACAAGAAAGAGUGGAUGAUUCCCUACAUGAUCCUUCAAGGAUUGCUUAUUUUUCUGGAGCUUAUUCUGAUGGUUAUUGUCAUCGUUCUCCUUGCUAAUGGCAACAUAUUGGUCUUCAACUUCUUGGGGAUCUCUUUGGAAGGUCAAACUCUGGAGGAACAGAUGGAGAUUGUUCGGAUUGUAUACGGCAUCUUGGCAGCUAGUCUGCUUCUGGGUAUACUGCUUGAGCUUCUGUUCUUUUUCUGCGUGGUGUCUCAUUUCCAACAACUGAGAGACGGAACUUACCCAGGGCCCGGUCAUGUACUUAUUGUCAACCAAGAAUGUACACCGAUCGUCGACACUUGCCCACCACCGAAGCAAGGUUACUACACCUCCUGCUGAAGCUCAUUGCGUCGACAAUAGUAGAGAUAAUGAGCCAGUUCCGUGUUUCAAAAAGGCAAGGUCAUUCGAGAACUGAGUGGGCAUGUGGGUUGGCAUGUAAUUAUGCUUAUAGGGCAGACCUCGCGCGCACGUAUUGCAAUUCCCGAAUGACCUCGGACGCAAGAGCGCAUCAUUUUGAGCAUGCGCUGUUGGGAUACCGAACUGAGCUUUUGACCAGGGCUUUCUGCAUCGUAGCGCCCUUUUUUGUGUACAUUAUGCGCAGAGUAAAAAAAAACAAAUGAUAAAAUCAGGUUUGGAAAUUUCAUUUGGCCGUAAUGGCAGAGUUAAUAAGACUGUAUUUGCAGCAUUUUCCGUAAUAAAAGCCGCCACGGUAUGUAUUGGUUUCAGAUUUCAAAAUGGGAGAAAAGGAGCUUGGAACGCAAUGCACUUCGUCCACUUUCAUACUAAUUUGAAAGUCAGCCUUGUUUGGGGCAGUGAACUGUAUUAUAGCAUAACCAUAGACACGUACACUGAACAAAAUCAGUCCACAGUAAGAUCGAGACUGAAUGAGUCUCGAUUUGAAUAAUGAUGCUAAUGUGUUUCGAUUUCGAACUUAAGCCUUUAUGAUUUAAUUAAGUUCAUAAAGUGAGGAUAUCUUUUAUAAGCUGCAUAUAGUUAAAGUAUUUUUCAGUAAUUCGUAAUACUAGAAGUGGUCGAUCCAAGUAUUUUUAAAUAGAAGAUCAAGGUUUAAUCAUGCACUGUAAGAUAGGUUUAAUAGUUUUGGGGAUCUCCCAAGUUCCUCAUUCGCCAAUAGAAAUUAUGCUUGCCGCAUUAAUAUUUCACAAGAGAUCAUUAUUUUGUCCAGUCUUUGAGUUUAAUUAAGCACAAUUAAAGGUGUAAAUAUGUGUGCAUAUACCGAGGGUAUGACGUGAUUUGGCGGGUUACAUUCAUGAGUCUUCAAGUCGACCAUUAGGGUCUGGGGAUAAUGGGGUACGUUGCCCACAAACGUCAUUCGAACGUGCGUAAUUAAGCGCCCAUCUUGUGUAGUAGAUAAGCUCUAUGAUUUGUAUCAGUGAUUUGGAGAUCGGCCUUGCAAUCGUCCUCACGUAGGUUCCUGCAUCAUUAAGGCGUGUUCUCGACAUCAACGAAGAACUUUAGAAAUUGUCUGUUUUCCUCAAAUCAUAGUGAGGGACUGAAGAAGAAAUGUCUUUACAGACUUUCUUUUUCGUUUUACUUUGAUGUAUAGUUGCUCGAAUUUGUUAGCUUCCCGCGUAUGAAUUCUCCGAUUGCUGUCAGCCUGAAUAGAAUAUCACGAAGCCAUGGUGUUUGCCUGAUUUGUUAUAUUUUAAAAUGUUCUGUGGUUUUCUAAAUAAAUACAUGACUUCACGUUUAUGUUUUCGAGUUUUUUUUAUAUCUUCCUUGUUAUAAAGCGAUGAAAACGUCAAGUAGGCCCUACUGCAGCCCUUUCGAGUAUACUAGUUAGGAACCUAAGAAUGGAAAGCAGUUUUGUAACUGAUAUAAGGCUACCCUGUAUAAAUAAAACAGUUAUUAUAAAGAACACAUUCAAUUUGUUCUUCACAUAUAUGAAUUG